GUUUACCAACGCCUCGAUAAACCAACAACAACAUAGAAUCCUCAUCAAAGAAAUCAACAACCUUAGCAUCAGACGUUACGACAACAAAAACUUUGCAAAAAACAUCAACAACAAUCUCAACAACAACAUCAACAACAACAUCAACAACAAGCCACAAAAACCAAUAUGGUCGACCAUACAACUACCAUUUAGUAACUUGACAAACGCCGUAGUUGGCAACUUGAAGUCUUCAACGAGAUACGCUUUCAUUUUGGCGGCCAGAUCAUACUCCGAGUAUCUGCUAUUUAGUGAUCUUGUUCUUGAAACUACGAAAG